CAUUUUGUUAUCCGUGUAAUACAAUCAAAAUUCUUGAAUCAAAGCAACAUAAAUUCAGUCCUAAAAUGUGGGAAUAUAGCCAGAACAUUGAUUUGGAAACUUCGGUAAAGAUAUCACAGUACUGCUAUUCGUGGCAAUCGGUUUGUUGGUUCGCGCUCAAGGGCCUUGAAUUGUGGAAAAUUCUAGUAUGGGACAGAUCCCCAACUUACCUGGUGGUUUUAACGUUUUUGCUGAUCGCACUCUUCUGGCUGAUAUUUAAAAGGCUCAAACGCAAGUGGAACGAUGUGCCUAUGUCGGAGAUUAGGUCACUGAGAGAUCGUGUCCAGUUUGUAACCCAGGAUAUGGCCAUGUUGCAAGAUGCCCUAAAUGCGACCACAAUAACCAAGCCGCUGCCAGUGUUUCCUGAUAGGAUUGGCAACGCAAACGAUGAAAAACUUAUAGAAUAUACCGAAAUCGAAGAACCUUUUCCAGUUCAGGAUAAAAGUUUACCGGAGCCUGUGAUUCCAGACCCCGAACCUGAAGAGGAUUUUGUAGUGAAACCCAUGGUGCGGUUUGAUGCGAAUAUUCAGGGAAAACUAACCCCAGCCGUGAGCAAGGUCUUUAAAAAACCGAAAUCCACGAAGAUGGUAUAUGCAAAAAAAUUGGACGUGGGGAAAAGAAAUGUGCAUAAACGGCCAUCUGCAUCAGUCGCGAAAAUUGAAUGGAAGAUCUAGAUAUAUUUGUCAGUUAUUUUGAUAUUGGGGGAAAGUGAAAUUGUAAUGUAAGAAUUUGUAAUAAACCAUUUUUAGUGAC